AUGAGCAUCGUCGCUCGAGGCAACAACCUGUAUCAGCUUCAUGACUCUGGGAAGAUUUGGAAGUACACAGGGACUCCUAUUUCGGGAUGGCAGCUGUUAGAUGAUAACUCUGCCACCAAAGAGAUUAUUGUUGGAGCAGGUGGACUUUAUCAGAUUCACAAGUCGGGGUCUAUCUGGCGUUAUGUCGGGCCUGCGAUGACAGGAUGGAAGCAGCUUGACGGGAACGCCGCUUCAAUCUCCAUUGCAGCUGGUACUGCCCUGUAUCAGCUUCACAGCUCUGGUCUCAUCUGGCGUUACAUGGGCUGA